UUUUCUUUUUAAGAAUGCAGCUGGCACCUCUUUAGAAUAUUGGCACCACGCACUAGCACUUUCUUUCUGUUUCUGUCUGAGGAGCAAGGAAUCGUAAAGGAGCUCUUGGUUGGUGUGAGGUGGCCGAAAGCUCCCUGAGUUUGGAUUCCGGACGCCAGAGUUUCCAAUAUGGCUUCUGCACCAACUUCUAAAUAUAAUUCACACUCCUUGGAGAAUGAGUCUAUUAAGAGGACUUCUAGGGAUGGAGUUAAUCGGGACCUCAGUGAGGCUGUUCCUCGACUUCCAGGAGAAACUCGUAUCACUGACAAAGAAGUUAUUUACAUAUGUCCUUUCAAUGGCCCCAUUAAGGGAAGAGUUUACAUCACAAAUUAUCGUCUUUAUUUAAGAAGUUUGGAAACGGAUUCUGCUCUAAUACUUGAUGUCCCUCUGGGUGUGAUCUCCAGAAUUGAAAAAAUGGGAGGCGCGACAAGUAGAGGCGAAAAUUCCUAUGGUCUAGAUAUUACUUGUAAAGACAUGAGAAACCUGAGGUUCGCGCUGAAACAGGAAGGCCACAGCAGAAGGGAUAUGUUUGAGAUCCUCACAAGAUACGCCUUUCCCUUGGCCCACAGUCUGCCCAUAUUUGCAUUUCUAAAUGAAGAAAAGUUUAACGUGGAUGGGUGGAUGGUUUAUAACCCAGUCGAAGAAUACAGAAGGCAGGGCUUGCCCAAUCACCACUGGAGAAUAACUUUUAUCAAUAAGUGCUAUGAACUCUGUGACACUUACCCUGCUCUCUUGGUGGUUCCAUAUCGUGCCUCAGAUGACGAUCUCAGGAGAGUUGCAACUUUUAGAUCCAGAAAUCGGAUUCCAGUGCUGUCAUGGAUUCAUCCAGAAAACAAGACCGUCAUCGUGCGUUGCAGUCAGCCCCUUGUUGGUAUGAGUGGUAAACGGAAUAAAGAUGAUGAGAAGUAUCUCGAUGUUAUCAGGGAGACUAACAGACAAAUUUCUAAACUCACAAUCUAUGAUGCAAGACCCAAUGUAAAUGCAGUGGCCAACAAGGCAACAGGAGGAGGAUAUGAAAGUGAUGAUGCAUACCAUAACACCGAACUUUUCUUCUUAGACAUCCAUAACAUUCAUGUCAUGCGGGAAUCUUUAAAAAAAGUCAAAGACAUUGUCUAUCCUAACGUGGAAGAAUCUCACUGGCUAUCCAGUUUGGAGUCUACUCAUUGGUUAGAACACAUCAAGCUCGUCCUGACGGGAGCCAUUCAGGUAGCAGACAAAGUUUCCUCGGGGAAGAGCUCGGUGCUCGUGCACUGCAGCGACGGGUGGGACAGGACCGCGCAGCUGACGUCCCUGGCCAUGCUGAUGCUGGACAGCUUCUAUCGGAGCAUCGAGGGCUUUGAAAUACUGGUACAGAAAGAAUGGAUAAGUUUCGGACAUAAAUUUGCAUCUAGAAUAGGCCAUGGUGAUAAAAACCACGCCGACGCUGACCGGUCUCCUAUUUUCCUCCAGUUUAUUGACUGUGUAUGGCAGAUGUCGAAACAGUUCCCUACAGCUUUUGAAUUCAAUGAACGAUUUUUGAUUACAAUUCUGGAUCAUCUGUAUAGUUGCCGGUUUGGGACUUUCUUAUACAACUGUGAAUCUGCGCGAGAAAAACAGAAAGUUACAGAACGAACAGUAUCUUUGUGGUCGCUGAUCAACAGUAAUAAGGACAAGUACAAAAAUCCCUUCUAUACUAAAGAGAUCAAUCGAGUUUUAUAUCCAGUCGCCAGUAUGCGCCACUUGGAGCUUUGGGUGAAUUACUACAUUAGAUGGAACCCCAGAAUCAAGCAACAGCAGCCCAACCCCGUGGAGCAGCGCUAUGUGGAGCUCUUGGCCUUGCGUGACGAAUACAUACAGCGGCUCGAGGAGCUGCAGCUCGCCAGCUCGGCCAAGCUCUCCGACCCCUCGACCUCGCCGUCCGGUCCGUCCCAGAUGAUGCCCCACGUGCACACUCACUUCUAGGAGGGAGCCCCGGUGCUGCGCCAGAGCUCCGAGUAAAGGAGAGACUUGACUUUCACUUGGGGGCCUCUGUACAAAGUAGAUUAAAACAUUUGCCUCCGUGUAGAACUUGAACUAACAUAAUCUUAAACUCUUGAAUAUGUGCCUUCUAGAAUACAUAUUACAAGAAAACUAGUGUCUACAGGGCAAUCAGAAGAAAGGAGCCAAGAUGGGGUUGUGGAAAAUCCUGACACCUUUCAAGGACAGUUUUUGAAAGAGAAAAUUGAAAUUGAGUUGACCUCUUUCGAAAUACUGUGUCUACAAUAUGUAUUUUGUGGGCCUAAUUGGAACGACAUUAUUUUAAACUGAAGUGAAAAAAAAAUAGGUUUGUGAACCGGAUUUUCCUUGGGCUGCUUCUCAUAGUUGCUUUGGUGUAAAACGAGCCCAAAUGUGAGAGAUGUUGUUGCCAAAACCAAAUUGAGCUCAUCCUUUGAGGCGUCAUCCAAAAGCAAGGUGUUGAAAUAAUUGCCAAACUUUAUACCAUCGUGAGUGGUGGCUUAAAGAGAAAUAGCUGCGUAGAUGAGUUUUUCGUUCUUUUGAAAUUUUGGAAUCUGAAGUGUUUUCCCGUAAUUUUGAAGAGGAGCAUAUUUUUAUAUUACACUGAUGGGGCCCAGUCGAAUAUGAUUUGAUUUUUUUUUUAACUUUUUGCCAGUUCUGUUUUCUAAGUUCUUCUAUCAGCUUGCCUGAAAUUCUGACCCAUUUUCAGGUUGUGGAAAAGCCCUUAGCACCGUUGGAAGAUGUCAGGGGCACUGUGCUGCUUAGGUGAAUGUUUUUGCAAACGUCGCUCUAGUCUGACCAGCUUAUCCGCCAAAGUGUAGGGCUGGCCAUCUAGGAUGCAUGAGCUGUCGCUAGAGCAUCGUCCUUUGAAAUCAAAGCCGCAGAUGUACAUUUGUCGAGCGUGCGUGGUGUUGGAUGCCCCUCCCCCCAAGUGUGCAUUAAACUGGUUCUACACAUUUUUACUUGAAAUGUACCCGGCAGUUUGUGUUUUCAGGUUUUGGGGGAGUUUUGUUUUGUUUUUGUUUUUGUUUUUUUGUUUUUGUUUUUGUUUUGUAGUCAUAGUGCUAGUGGUAAAUGAAGUUUCAAAUACAGUUCUAUUUGAUAGCUGAACUAAUUCAUUUAGUUACGUAUAUUUGUAAAAGUUAAGGCUAGAGUUAAAACAAUUAAUGUUUUCCAGUGAUUUGUAAAGGACUAUUUAUAGCUAAUAUGGUUUUGUUUUCAAUGAAUUAAGAGAGAUUAAAUAUAUCUUUGUAAAUUAUUUUAUGUCACAGUUUAAUUGGUCUACCAAAUAAGACAUCUCAAAUACAGUAGUAUCAUGUAUAAAUUUUGUAUGUAUAAGAAAUUUUAUUAGACAUUCUCUUGCUUUUUGUAAACGCUGUAAAUAUUUCAUAAAUUAACAAAGUGUCACUCCAUAAAAAGAAAAAAGCAAAUACUAAUAGCUUAAAGGAUUUUGUGAAAUGUCAUGAAAAUCAUCAUGACAAUAAUGACUAAAGACCUGCUGUAAUAAAUGUAUUAACUAAAAUAGCACUCUGUUUU